AUGUCAGAGAGAAAACAGCCAGUAGACCUGGGUCUCCUGGAAAACAAUGAUGAGUUCGAGGAGUUUUCUGCUGAUGAUGGGGCUGGGUUAUAUGAAGAGGAUGCACAUGUCUGGGAGGACAACUGGGAUGACGACAAUGUAGAGGAUGACUUCUCCAAUCAGCUACAUGCUGAACUAGAGAAACAUGGUUGUCAAAUGGAGAUGUCAUAA